UCUGGCGCUCAUACGCAACUAAAGGCAGAGGAGGAGCAGCAGCAGCGGUAGCACUUGUCGGAUCUCUCAUUCAUUCACGCACGGCUUCUUUAUUUUUCUUCUUCUUGGAACAAACUCGCUCCCGUUGCUGCCGUGAACCCCAUUUUUUCGUAUUUACAGCAGAAUAAUGGCGCGGUGAGGGACUAUUCGCGCUUUGACCGCCUCGGCUUAUUCAUAUGUGAAAGGAGAAAGUCUGCACUGUUGAAAGGCUGUUCUGCAUCAUUAUUGUUUUUUGGAAGAGAAAGGAUACGAUAUCAAUUCACGUCGGGAUUACGGCUAGUUGAGGACAACAUGCCUCAGACACCACCGUUCACGGGGCAGCUGAACACUGGCAGCUACAACAAGAACUUGUACCAGACCAAGGAGGAAGGCUACCCCGGCCUUUAUUACCAUGACAACAACCUGGUGUCCGGGUCCCUGGAGGCCCUCAUUCACCAUUUGCUCCCAACUGUAGAUUAUUAUCCAGACAGGACAUACAUCUUCACCUUCCUGCUCAGUUCUCGCCUCUUCAUCCGCCCAUAUGAACUCAUGUCCAAAGUGUGCCACCUGUGCAUGGAGCAACAGCGACUCAGCGACCCCCAGGCCGACAAGAUGAGAGUCAGGAAGAUCGCUCCCAAGAUCCUCCAGCUGCUGACGGAGUGGACAGAAACCUUUCCAUACGACUUCAGGGAUGAGAGGAUGAUGCGAAGCCUGAAGGAGCUGACCCACCGGCUCGCCAGCGGAGACGAGGUUUACCGGAAGGCGGUCAGCCAGCUGAGCCAGGGCCUGAUCCGGAGGCUGACGGUGCUCAGCCAGUACGAGGAGGCGCUCGUCAAGAUCAACGCCACAGCGGCCGAGCGGCUCACGGCUCUGAAGGCGAAGCCGCAGGCGGCGAUCCAGAGAGACAUGCUGUCCAUCUGCAACGACCCCUUCACGGUCGCCCAGCAGCUCACACACAUAGAGCUGGAGAGAUUGAGUUACAUAGGACCCGAAGAAUUUGUCCAGGCCUUCGUCCAGAAAGACCCUCUGGACAACGAUAAGAGUUGCUUCAGUGACCACAAGAAGGCCAGCAACCUGGAGGCUUACGUGGAAUGGUUCAACAGACUCAGUUAUCUGGUGGCUACAGAGAUCUGUAUGCCAGUAAAGAAGAAGCACCGAGCCCGAGUCAUUGAGUUCUUCAUCGACGUGGCGCGGGAAUGCUUCAACAUCGGCAACUUCAACUCCCUCAUGGCCAUCAUAUCUGGGAUGAACAUGAGUCCGGUGUCUCGUCUGAAGAAGACCUGGAGUAAAGUCAAAACGGCCAAGUUUGACAUCUUAGAGCACCAGAUGGAUCCUUCCAGCAAUUUCUACAACUACAGAACAGCACUGAGAGGAGCGACGCAGAGAUCAAUCACCGCCAACAGCAGCAGAGAGAAGAUUGUUAUUCCUUUCUUCAGCCUGCUCAUAAAGGACCUCUACUUCCUCAACGAGGGCUGUGUCAACAGGCUGCAGAACGGGCACAUCAACUUUGAGAAAUUUUGGGAACUUGCCAAACAAGUGAGCGAGUUCAUGACCUGGAAGAAGGUGGAGUGUCCGUUUGAGAAGGAUCGCAAGAUCCUGCAGUACCUGCUGACGGCGCCGGUGUUCACAGAAGAUGCGCUGUAUCUGGCAUCGUACGAGAGCGAAGGUCCUGAGAACAACAUGGAGAAGGACAGAUGGAAGUCUCUGAGAUCCACUCUGCUAAGUAGAGUCUGAACUCCUGAAGAGAAACUCUGAAGUCAAACCCAACAAGCGGAUCGCGCCCCGUCGACUCUACGCUGUUGCCCCAUCUAAGUAUCCCCGUGUUGGAAGGGAAACGACAAUCUCUACUCGGGCUGGCGAGGACUUUUUCCUGUGUGUGUGUGUGUGUGUGUGUUUCCCACCCACCCUCAAACCAGCUUCAGAUUCCUAUGGAGCUCUGCUUUCCUUCCCCUCUUUUUGCUCUUCGUGCUGUAUAUUUCAGGACAGCUCUUUUUCAUCUCUUUGUAUGACUUUAUAGUCUUUUGAGGUUGGUUUUCAACAAAAAAAAAAAGAAAAGAAAACGCUACAAACCUCCACAGUAAAAUGGAGGAGGGGCUUUUUUCCUGUAUGAAGUAUUUUGCCCUAAUAUAUAAAUGAACAGCCUUUUUUUUUUUUUUGUUUUGUUUCUCCUCUGAUGCUACAAAGUUAGCCGCUGGUUGGCUAACGCAACAGAAACGCUACCCUCUCUGGUUCCACAAGCCAGCAUUUCUUAACCUGCAACACUGUUGUCUAUCAUUAAGCUAGCUAGAUAGUCUAAGUUGUUUUAAUGUCGCCUUCCUUUUGUAUCAAACCGUUCACUCCAUGUUUUUUUUUUAAGUUUUGUCCAAAAAAAAAUGCACCGGUUGCAUUAUUUACAAAAAAAAAAUAAUAUGUCAUUGUUUUUUUUUGUUUGUGUUGUAUAAAGUUUUAUAAUGUUCUGAGUAAGGAAGAAGCGAGGUUGUCUUUUGUGUUGCAUCGAGGUCCCGGUAUGCUUUAAAUAAAUGGCAGCGUUGAUAAGCUUUUUCCUUGAGUGAACCGUGGGCUGAGACGGUCGGGUGCUUGGUUUCAAACCUGCAUUUGAAGCAUCGAGCGUGAAUAGGAAGCAGGAAUAGGAAGACGAUGAGCUGAUACCCAUCCUGCCCUUUUGUUCCUGCUCCACCUGCUAGUGUAGUGAAACGUGUGGUUGUGCUGCCCCCCGGAGGUCCUUUAGCUAAAGUGAUCUUGUGCGGUCGAAUAAUGUGAACUGAGAUAAAAAAAAAAAAAAGGUCAUUGUUUUUAUUUUUUCAUAUCAUGAAAAAGUUUCCUAAAUGUGUUUUAUUUAUAAAUCCGUGUAGCUUCAUUAUCUCCCGAUGCCAAUAUUUACUUUCUAUUUUAUUUAAAUUGUACAAGGUACAUAACAUGUUAAAAGUAGUCCACAGAUAUUGGUUUAAUUAUUAUUUUUUAAUAUAUAUGAGUUUGUUUGAAACACUUAAUGUUCAAGGUACUGGCUCAGAGUAUGAAGUUAAAUCGUUUUGACUGAUGUCUGCUUUGCCUUGACUGCUUCUCCCUCGACACAGAGUGCUGUUGUGGUCUAUUGUAUAGAUACAUGUGCUGUAUGUUUGUUUCUUUUCUUUUUUUUUCUUUUUUUUUCCUCCCUGUGUUUUUACCCAUUUGUAUUUGGACUGUUACAAUGGACUAGAGGAACCGUUUCUGAAUGAAUUAGUUGUGUUCAAAAGACAAGGUUAAUAAACGAACGUUUAAAACUGA